AUGGAGCACCUCCCCAGACCACUCCUGUUAUUUGAUAAGUCCACCCCCGACCUUGUCUUCCCGUGUCGUUGUGAUCCAGACCUCUGCGAUGACGGACCUUUGGAAACAUAUCCUGAAAGAAGAGGAUUCAGUCUCAAUUACUGGGAUGACAUCAUGAAGUUUGCCAACAUCUUGAAGCUGGCUGAUGGCUCCAAGCCCGAUGUUGAACAGAGCACGACUUUGAUGCAAGAAUGGCUCUUCUUCGGCCUGCUUCGUGCUAUGCACAGGAGUUACGGCACCGAGUUCAAGGGCAGUGAUUACAUCGCCGUUGUCCAUGGCAACCGAGUGUUGACCCUGAAAAGGCUCCCAGAACACGUGCAAACAUGGUAUGAGUUGGAAGGAGAGCGUCCCAGAGCCAUUCGGAAACGACACUUCCAUGAAAUAGAAGCACAUCUUAUACGUGCUUUGCGGUUCCUGAGCAACAACUUCACUGAAGAUAACGCUGGCAGUCGUGGCCCCACUGGGCCUUGGUACGUCGUUCCGGUUGUGUCUCAAGUAGUUCUGGAGUCGAAUCUCGAAAUCUUGCUUCUGGUCCUGACUGAAGCCAUGGAACACAUCACUCAGGCAAUUCUUUUCCAGGAACGCAGAGUUAACUACGAUCCUGCCUCGGCAUGUGUAUGUUUUUCUACAAAUGCCCUUGUCGAACGCCUUGCCUGGUGUCCUAGCGAGCUGAACCUUUUGAGGCUCACAUUUGACAACAGCUCAUUCUACUUCGCUAGCCUGCUGAAGCGAACCACAAACAAAGCUUCGCAUGCUAAAUGUACCUCAAACAAAUGCCUGGCGUUUGAGUUGAAGCAGUCUGAUUACCAACCAGGCCAUCUUAGAGGAUGUGACGGCUGCCGCGCCAUCUCGAUCAAUUCAGCUGAAUUGCGACAAAUCUUGGAAUCCAAUGAUGAGAGUGCUUACCCCCGCGUGAAGAUAACCAUCACAGAUGACGACGAGAUCAAUCUGUCUAUGACGAAUACGGGCAGCUACAUCGCUAUAUCACAUGUGUGGUCAGAUGGGCUUGGACAUCCUCCUGGGGUAAAUUCGCUGCCUGCAUGCCAAGUUAGGCGCCUAAAAUCUCUUGUCAUGGAAGCGGGAUUGGAGCAAUCGCCAAUCUGGAUCGACUCCUUGUGCGUCCCUUGCGAUAGUGGGCUAGCCAAGAGGAAUGCGCUGGGCCGGAUGGCCAAAGUCUACACUAACGCAAAGAAUGUGUUUGUGCUCGAUUCUGAUCUGGUUUCCAUCCCAUCAUCAUGCUGCAACGAGGAGCUGUUGCUGCGAAUUGCUUUGUCAAAGUGGAUGCGAAGGCUGUGGACUCUCGAGGAGGGCGUGGUCGGCCGGUCAAACCUGCUGUUUCGGUUCCAAGACCGGGCAAUCCCCUUGCCGGCCGUGAAUGCGUCCUUCACUGACAACGUCUCGAUCAAUUGUAUGACACUGAUGCUGCAGUAUUUGCCUGCAAAAACAGACAUUGUGUCUGUCAUUACUGCACUCCACUUCCGUUCAACGACCCGGAAUGGCGACGAGCCUCUCUGCAUUGGCUAUAUACUAGGUCUAGACGUAUCGUAUAUUGUCAGCAUCGAGGUCUUCGACAAACGUAUGCUGGAGUUAUACUGCCUGCUAACCAAGAAAGACCCAAGCUUUCCCUUUCAAUUCUUGUUCACUGACGAAGGAAAACUGAACUACUCACCAUUCAGAUGGGCACCUAGAUCUCUGCUGAAUCUCGAAGCUCACGAUAUCUUCUACAUACAAUGCAUGGUAGAUGCCUCACAGUACCAGAUCAAAGCGACGCAGACGGAUCGCGGGCUGCGAUGUCAAGGCAAUUUCUCAUCUUGCUUGUUGGCAUUUGAGGAGGCGCUAACAUCAAAAAAUGCAUGA